AUGAACCAUAAACAAAUUAACGUUGACUUGAUUUAUAAGACAUUGGUUUCGGACUUCCUGCGCCGCGAGUAUGGGGGCUUAGACGUGCUGGUCAACAACGCGGGCAUAGGCUUCAAAAAUACUGAUCCUACACCCUUUCCUAUUCAAGCAGAGGUGACAAUGAAAACAAACUUUUUUAGUACCCGAAACAUCUGCACAGAGUUGCUGCCUUUAAUGAAACCUCAUGGCAGAGUGGUGAACGUGUCUAGCAUGAUGAGCGUCAUGUCCCUUAAGUCCUGCAGCCCGGAGCUGCAGCAGAAGUUCCGCAGUGACACCAUCACAGAGGAGGAGCUGGUGGCGCUCAUGAACAAAAUCCAAGCCAGGAAUCUGAGUGCACAGAGGAAAGGUGACAAGAUCCUCCUGAAUGCCUGCUGCCCAGGCUGGGUGAGAACCGACAUGACAGGGCCAAAUGCCACCAAAAACCCAGAAGAAGGAGCGGAGACCCAAGUGCCCUUUUGCCCCCAGAUGUGGAAGGGCCUCACGGACAGUUUGUUAGUGAGAAAAAGAUUAAGCAGUGGUGAGCUCAUCUUAUAG